UUACAUCUCCUAUAACCAUGAGGUCUGAAGUCGAAAAAGAAGUUUCCUGAUCCACCACAGUUUCGUCCGGAGAAUCAAUCAGACACGCAUUAGGGUGAAUUUAAAUCUCAUCGUUUAGCGGCUUGUCUGGUUACAGUUAUGGAUGACCUACUAAAAACUAGUUUUGUUUUCUCUGACGCAGCACUUUAAGUGAUAGGUUCCUAGAUACACUUUUUUCAAUAAGGAAGACUCGCUACAGCGCUGUCUGUCGACAUUAGAAUCGAAGAGACUAAAGAGUAACGGUGUCGUCAAUGAGUAUGCAAAAGGCAUACCUCUAGCUGCUGAAUGACUACGUAAGAUUCGAAUAGCUGUUGAGAUAGUAUAUAAAAAAGCUUGUAGAGCUAAGAAGAAUAAUCAUUUCAUCAUAACGUUCAGCCUUUACUUGAUUCAACGACAACAAAAGAAACAAAAGUACGUAAAAAUGGUACAACUGGCAACAACAACAAUAACAAUUGCUGUAGCAACGGUGGUAGCGAUUAUGUGUCAAUUGGGUUGUGAUGGUGCACCAAUUCAAAAUCGAAGAAAACGUCAGAAUGGAUCGGUACCACAAUUUGACUUAAACAGUGGCGCUUUGACAGUAGAGUGGACUGGUACUACAAUUCAAUAUACUGGUUUCGAUAGCAAUGGAGGAGGUGUUAUUCUAACAAGUCCCUUAAUGUUUACUAAAGCUACUGAACUAUUGAUAGCUGGAGGUAGUACUAAUUAUCAAUAUUUGUAUUCUGGAACUAUAGCACAAAUGAUUACCAGCUCUAUUAUCCCUACUGAACCAACAUUUGAUUUAAACACCAACAAUCUAACGAUUAGUAUAGAUGACAAGAAUAUAAUCAUGUCGGGAACAGAUACGAAUCAACAACCUAUCACGGAAGUAACUCCUUUUGGUUCUGUAGCCGUAUCUCCAGUAAAUUUGCAGAUCUCUAGUAAUUACCAACUAUAUAUGUACCACUUCACAAUGGUUGAUGCUACAAUAACAGUUUAA